AUGAAUGAGAAUAUUGGGUACCCUGAUAAGAAGAAAGUACUGCACCACCACUCGAUACUGAAAAACAACAAGUUGAAUGAUUUGAAAUCAAUCAAGUUUUUCAAUUUAUACAACCAACAAGUUGACGAACUGGGACAGACUAGUCCUCACAAGAGAUUUGGCAGAAGGCGAAGCACACUCACCACCAUUCCUACUAUAUCCGAUGUAUUAGAAAACGAGUACAAUGAUUUACGGAAACUAAUAAAGUUUUCUAAAGAGCGAAUACUAGAUACCUUGAUCACGAUUCAUUUGACGAAGUCUGACACUGUCUUAUACGUUAGUGAUGUAUCGUAUGGAGAUGCUGAUCCUCAAUUCACAAUACAACUAAGCCAUGUGCCUGCUCCCAUUCAUAAAUGUGUUAUUAAACUAUGGUCUGGAAGUAAUAAUCAAUGGAGUCUUCUUUGUAGGUACAAGGUUGAUCUAAACAAGUUAAAGAGGGAGAGUGAAGUAUUGGAUGACGAUGCGUUUGACAUGUUCAAGGACAAUGCGAUUUGCAUGAAGUUGAGCUGUGGAUGGUAUACUUUUCCAGACAUGCUUGUGGCGAGGAACCUGGCCCUAGAACAUAGCACUGAGCCCAAAUUGAAAGCAAUCAAUUCGUACACUUUUGAUCAACUUCGAUCUAUUAACAACAUCACCAAAUCAAUCAAGGAACUUGAUGUUUCCAAAAUCAAGUUGAAGCAACAGAUUCACAAGUACAUUCAAGACAUAGAUUAUAAUAAUGCGAAUAACAUUUCUGCACUUUUAGACGAAUUGAAUUACAAAUGCAACGCAUUGGAACAAGACAUCAAGAAAGUAAAGGCAGGUAAUGAAGCGAUAAAAAGUCAGAUAUACAAUGUUAAUCAGAAGACCGAUGAUGCCAACGAAUUGCAAUCACGCUUUGAGAACCUACGUGAAUUGGUCAAGGACAAAUUCGGAAUAUAUGAUCACGAAAUUGAGUAUGUGAAGAAGAGUCGAAAUGAUGUUAAAAAUGACAUCAAACAACGAUUAAAGGACUACGUUUCCAUAAUAACUGAAAUAAUACCUAUUCGUGACAUAUCCUUCUCAUGUUUUUCAAUACUUGGAUUCGAAUUCCCCCACAAUUUGAAAAGCUUAAAGGAAAUCUGCUAUUACAAUGCAAGUGGGUUGAAGAAUUCCUACUACGAGCCUAGUUUUGAUUCCGAAUCUCAAUGGCAUGAGUUUACAAUUUCACAAGUCAAUGCAUGUCUAUCGUUGAUUGUCCAAUUGCUCUCAGUUUUAUCCGACAUAACGCAAACGCCGCUUUUGUACAAAAUGGUUCUUUUCGGUAGUCAAAGCUUUAUCAUCGAUGAGAGCAAAAUUUAUCCCAUAGCUGGGAAAAAUCCGUUAGUCGCUACUCCACCAUACAAAUUCCCAUUGUAUUUUGACUCAAAAGACGUCAAUAAUGAAAAAGUAUUGACAAGCCAAGGGUCAAUAAUCAUGAAUCAAGAGUUUGAAUAUGGGUUAAAGUUGUUGAGUCGGAAUAUCUCACGAUUGAUAAAUUAUGUAAAAGAGGAUAUUUAUGACGAUUCGAGUUCAGAAGCUAUCCCAAGUGAUUGUCAGGAUAACUUUUUGUGGAACUUGAAAUACUUGGAACUCUUGAUAACCGCUUAA